CUACUCUACCCUUCGUGCCUUCUUUCUUCUCAAUUCUCUCUCUACAAGUUUCCUUCCUAUGGAAACCGGAGUCCAAAGGAACGCACAGAAGAAUUACUAUAUCUGAUUAUCUUUUUUAUCCCAAAAAAGCAAGAUCUAGCGACAGAGAAAGAAGAUAUUUCUCCUCCUCCUGCUCUGAGAAUUUCCGUUUUUGUUUGUGUCCCUCCCUCUCUGCUGUCGCUCUGAGGAUUUCAGGACUGUUGGGAUCCGUUUCUACAACGACCACACUGAAUAAAUUGUAGUUUGAAAGACUCAUUUUAGGUUAUUGAUAGCGGAAUACUGAGUUUUAUUGGAUGGGUAAUAAACUUGGGAGGAGGAGACAAGUGGUGGAUGAAAAGUAUACAAGGCCACAAGGGUUGUAUAAUCACAAAGAUGUGGAUCACAAGAAGCUGAGAAAGCUAAUACUUGAAUCAAAACUUGCACCUUGCUAUCCUGGAGAUGAAGAAUGUGCUAAUGAUCUUGAAGAGUGCCCAAUAUGUUUUCUGUAUUAUCCAAGUUUAAAUCGAUCAAGAUGUUGCACCAAGAGCAUUUGUACUGAGUGCUUUCUGCAGAUGAAGGUUCCAAAUUCAACUCGGCCUACACAAUGUCCUUUCUGCAAAACAGCAAAUUAUGCUGUGGAGUAUCGGGGUGUGAAAUCAAAGGAAGAAAAGGGAUUGGAGCAGAUUGAAGAACAGCGCGUUAUAGAAGCAAAAAUUAGGAUGCGGCAGCAAGAGCUUCAGAAUGAAGAGGAAAGAAUGCAGAAAAGGCAUGAAAUGAAUGGAAAUGUAACACCUGCAGAUGUUGAAUAUAGCUCAAAUGCUGUGACUGCAUCAUCAGUUUCUGUUCUUGAAGGGGAGGAGAUCAUUACUUCUCAAGAUUCAUGUGUCACCCCAGUGAUUAGACCGCCUCCAGCUGCUAGGAGCAAUAGAGAUGAUGAAUUUGAACUUGACCUUGAGGACAUUAUGGUCAUGGAAGCGGUCUGGCUUUCCAUUCAGGAGAGUGGCCGGCAGAGAAAUUUAUCUUAUCCAGCUUCUGGACAAUACAUAACUGGUGAUAACUAUGUUUCGUCUGCAACAAGUCCUCACGCUGGAUCAUCGUCAUCGCCUUCUGGGGGCCUUGCUAGUGCAAUCGCUGCUCUUGCAGAGCGUCAGCAAAUGGGGGGAGAAUCAUCAACAAGCGCCAACGAGGGAAGUGCACCAUCAUUCAACAUGCUACAAGGUCCCAACAGGUUUUAUAGUCAGUUGAGUAGAGAAUCUGGUGGCUAUCUGCCUACAGACAACAGCGAUGAGGUACCAUCAGAUAACUCGUCAGCCAUGACUAGGGUUCAUGGUGAAUGGCCCAUGGACAAUGAACCACAGGUGGCUGAAGCAGCAAGCAGUUACACGAGUGCCAUUGCAGCAGAUGAUAGCAGAAUAUCUUCCUUACCACAGCCCAAUGACCUUGAAGGAACCACUGAAAAUGACACAGAAACCAUUGUUCCUGAGAGUUUUGAGGAGCAGAUGAUGCUAGCUAUGGCUGUCUCUUUAGCCGAGGCUCGAGCCAUGUCAAAUGGACAAGGUGCUUCGUGGCAGUAGUUUUUGGUCAAGGUACUCGUUUAGUCUUUCUUAAAUUGAUGAUGCUUGCAUUACCAUGGCUAUUUGGUCAGCUUAGUCUUGGUUUGAGAGAUUGAACAAGGUUCACACUUUCUGUGGAACUUGUUCGAAAGAUCUGCGAAAGAUUCUCUUUGCACACGUAUUCAUAUAUAAAGAUGUCAAAUGGAAAACAAAUUAUUUCUAAUGUGUCAAAGGUUGUUGCUUGAUGCUUCCUUCUCUUUUUGAUUUCUUGUCCCCUUCCCCCUUCAUUAGCUUUCUGUAAAUAAUGUUUCAAAAUUUAACACAGGCCCUGAUUGAUUUAUUUCCAUUCUUAGACUUUAUUUGGCACAUUUUAAUCA